CGAGUGCGAAGAGUUUAUGGUUGAUGGGGUUGAUGGCGUCAGCUUAUGUUUCUCUUUGACCGGCCAAAAAAGUCUAUAACUCCGGAUCUGCGCAGUCCAAGUACUUUGUAAUCUCUCAUAACGUUCGUAGACACGUUUCGACACAUAGUAAAACAUGACGAGGGUGUACGUGGGUCACUUGAGCUACAGAACUCGGGAACGGGACCUGGAGCGUUUCUUUCGUGGCUUCGGGAAAAUCCGGGAGGUGCUGCUCAAGAACGGCUUCGGCUUUGUUGAAUUCGACGAUUACCGCGACGCGGACGACGCUGUGUAUGAGCUGAAUGGCAGGGAACUCGACGGAGAAAGAAUUGUGGUUGAACUUGCCCAUGGAACUGCACGGCGCUCUACUGCUUCUCGCAGCAGCUGGGUUGACAAUUCUGGCCCUGCCUCUGCUAGGUACGGACCUCCGACCCGGACAGAUUACAGAGUCGUCAUCGAGAACCUGAGCACGCGCAUCAGCUGGCAGGACCUGAAAGAUCGCAUGCGGAAAGUCGGGGACGUCACUUACGCCGAUGCCCACCGGAGGAGGAAGAACGAAGGCGUGGUGGAGUUUGCUUCCUACAAUGAAAUGCGCAGGGCCAUUGAAAAGCUAGACGGCACUGAACUGAACGGACGGCGUAUCAGGAUCUACGAAGAAAAAACCCACAAAAGAUCACGAAGCCGUUCUGCCAGCAGGUCCCGGCGACGCAAGUCGCGCUCCCACUCCCGGGAGCGCCGCUCGAGGCGUUCCAGGUCGGGAUCUCGGCGUCGCAAAAGCCGGACGCGAUCACCCGUGAAGCGCCGCCGGUCGCGCACUCGCAGCCGCUCACGAUCGCCGAAACAGCAAUCUCGCAGCCGCUCAAGGUCCCCCAAACGGCGCAGUCGCAGCCCAUCCCGGUCACGCAGCGUAUCCCAACGCCGUUCCAGUCGUAGCGGGUCCCGUCACAGUCCCAGACACACCCGUAGCCCCAAGAGGAGUCGCAGCCCAAAGCAGAUUCCCGAACGAAGUCCGGAGCGGAGUCAAAGUCCAGAAAGUAACCACAGUCCCAAGAAAAGUGUCAGCCCAGAAAGAAGCCCAAAGAGAAGCCGUAGCCCAAGAAGAAGCCGGAGCUCGCAACGGAGCCGUAGCCCACGGAAGAGCCGCAGCUCACAGCGGAGCCGUAGCCCUCAAAGGAGCCGUAGCCCGCGGAAGAGUCGCAGCCCUCAAAGGAGCCGUAGCCCGCGGAAGAGUCGCAGCCCUCAAAGGAGCCGUAGCCCGCGGAAAAGUCGCAGCGCCUCGAGGAAUGACAAAUCUCCGAAGAGGUCUAGCCGUUCGAGGAGUCCGAAGGCAGAGAGCCCCAGGUUGAAGAGGCGUAUCAGUCGUUCGCCACUGCGUUCAAGGUCUCCUCAACCAAGGUCACCAAAACGCAGUCGCUCAGACUCAAAAGCCAAGAAGAAGUCCUCUAAACGUAGGGCAGCAUCCAGGGAGCGUGGAUCUGGAGACCGCAGCCCAUCGCACAGUUCCCGAAGUCGCAGCAAGUCUACAAAGCACACCAAGGUAUCAUCCCCCUCACCGCAACGCACCACCAGCCGGAGCCGAAGGAAGUCGCCGUCGCGAGACAGGUCACCUUCCGUCAAGAGAGAGGCAAAGCAGGAGAGCAGAUCGAGGUCACCGACCCCACGCAAAGAACGAGCCAGCCGGUCUAGAUCGGAUACUCCAAAGCGCGAGAGCCGUAGCCGCAGCCAUAGCCGCGACUCUUCCAGAAGCGGCAGUGUGCAUGUGAAUGGUCUAGAUUGAUUUAUCAAACCAAUUUUUUUUUUUUUUUUUUUCAUUCCCCAGUUUAUCUCGCAAUUCACAUUAUGUUGUCGAUGAAUGAUACAUGCAAACCAGCGUUCUGAAGAAAUGCUGACAACCGUGCCGAAAGUCGAAUAUGUGUAUAAAUUGACGAAGACACACGUACCUUCUUGGUUGUUUUUCUUUUACGAUCUUUUCAUGUGUGAUGCUCUGAACAUACCAUUAAAAACAUCCCCACCGCUGUA